AUGCUCAAGCAAAUAAAGGUUCUAGAACAAUUGAAUAUCCUUAAAACAAGUCAACUUUCACUUAAGAAUAGAAGAGUGGUUGAUCAAUAUGUCUACACAUUAAAGACCCAUAACCUCCAACAACAAAGAGAUAAACUCAUAAAGGUAUAUGAAACCACAGAUUUACCAACAAAGUUACAAUGUCUUAACUUGAUGUUGAAUAAUUAUCUCAGACACCCAAAGUUCAUUAGGUUUCAUGAUGUCAGAGAGAUCAUUAGCGAUUUCAAUAUAUUGAAAGACAAUGACAAGCAAGUGUUGGAAUCCUUGAAAACUUGUUUGUUAUAUUGCAUUGAGAAUACAACUAAAAAUAAAGAGACUACCAAACCUAUAAUUGAGGAAAUCAUGAAGCUGUUGAAAGAUAUUGGAUUCGGCGAUGUUCAUACCUCAGAAUCCCCAUUAAACAAUGGAGUCCGUGAACUUAUAGAGAACGAAGACCCUUUUAAUAGCAGAUCCUCAGGAGAGAGUUCAGAAACGAUGGAUAUGAAUCAAUUAUGUGAUUUUAUCAAGCAACCUUACAAAAAUCUCGGUAUGCCGUUAUUUGAAUACUAUGAUCAAUUAGACACGAAGUCCAAAGAUCAAUUUAUGAGAGAUUACUUGAAAUAUAAUAGACACAAGCAAAACAAGAUAGAGUUGGAAUCAUUGAACAUUUCAUCUAACCUACAUAUCAGUAAUUUGAUGUCUCAGUUUGGAAGUAGAAAUGCUGACAUGCUUUUAGGAUGGUCCGAAUUUGCUGGUACCAUGGAAAAUCUUAAUGAAGACGAUGAAAUAGAUAAAAUUAUUCUUAAGCACGAAUACUGGUUGAGUCUUGUUGGAUACAAACAAGUGACAAAUCUCAUUUUAAUUAAUAGCUUGUCUCAUUUGAGCCAAACUAAAUCAGGUUCUUGUACCACAACUGGUAUACUUAGAAUGCUAGUUGAAAAGUUCACUGCUGUGUUAAAGAUAAAAGUAGGUACGGAAGUCCCUGUGCCUGAUAAUGAGCUCUUGAUACUUUUUGCUGCCUUAUUCAAGAAAUUUUCAAUGUUUUGUAAAGUUGAUGUACCGGCUGAUUUUGUAGGAGAUACGGAAUCGAUAAAGAAGAAUCAGAUUGAUAUGAGAUUUUUAUUCACCCAUAGAAUUGUUAACUUGCCAACGAAGACAGUUGGUAAAGUGUUCUUGAAUCCUUAUAUUCUUAAUAAAUUAGAUUUCUUAGAAGGAAUUUACAGUGACUCAGUAUAUUUACCAAUGAUUUAUCCACCCAAGAAAUGGAAAUCGCCUGAUGAUGGAGGGUUUUUGAAUAAUUUAAGACCGGUUAUCUUACACAACGAGAAGCAGUAUCUGGAGUUCUUAAAAACCAUCAAUAGAGAUGGUCUGUUGGAUUAUAUCUUCAAAAACUUGGAUUACAUGAGUUCCAUUCCUUGGUGUAUAGACAUACAGAUGAAGGAGUUUUUGAAGGAAUUGGUACACUUAGAAGAUGGAUUCUUAAAUUUUCCAGGGAAAACUACAAAGCAGUUACCUAGAACCCGUCAGAACAUUCCUACCAAAUCGAUAAGAGAGAAAUACGAAAGAUCGAUUCAAUUGAUUGAUGCCUUCAAUGAUAAUAUUAUUUAUUUCCCUCAUGGGGUUGACUUUAGAUCAAGGUGUUAUACCUUGGUAUCAUUUUUGAGUUAUCAAGACGAAGAUUUGAUACGAUCAAUUUUCCAGUUUUGGGAUUCUAGAGCCUUAGGAGCUUCUGGUUAUGAUUGGAUUAAAUAUCAAGCUGCUGGAUUAUACGGAUUGGACAAACUUAAUUUUGAAGAUAGAGUGAAAUUCAUUAAUGAUAAUAUCCAGAACAUCAAACAAUCAGCCGUGUCUCCCAGGACAAAUCUAUGGUGGACAAAGAGUGACAAACCAUGGCAGUUCUUAAGACAUUGUUUUGAGAUCACCAAAAUCGAAAACUUUGAUGGGGAAAUAAAAAAUUUCAAGUCAAGACUACCCAUUCACUUGGAUGGAUCAUGUAACGGUUUACAACAUUACGCAGCUAUAGGAAGAGACAUCAAGGGUGCGAAGGCUGUGAAUCUUCUCCCAACAAACAAGAAGGAAGAUGUUUACACAGACGUGUUGGAGUAUCUAUUGACUCAACUUUCUACCAGCGAAGAAGACGUGAUCAUAAGCAAGAUAUUAUCCCGAAAGAUAGUCAAGAGACCAAUCAUGACUUCUGUUUAUGGAGUGACGGUCUUCGGGGCCGUUAAGCAGAUGGAGGAGUCACUCAAAGAAGCUAACUUAGAACAACUCUUGACCCGAGAGGAAAUGAACUUAUACUCUAAGAAACUGACAAUCAUUUUGUUCCGUUUGUCUCGGUUGAUCAAACUAUCCUUGGAUGAAUUGUUCAAAAAUGCAAAAUUCAUACAACUUUGGCUCCUUUCCACCUGUCAGAGAGUUGUCACAUCCAUUGACAAGCCUAAAGAUGGAAAAGAAAUUGAUUUUAAGGAAAUGCAAUUCACCAAACCAAUGAUGUGGUCAACCAUAACCGGAUUCCCUGUGAUACAGAUGUAUUUCACUGAUUCCAAAACUUCAAUUUCCACACCUUUGCAACACUUGGCCGUUCGGAAACAAACUGUCAUUAAGGAAAUUCAUACCAGAAAACAGUAUAAUAGUGUUGCUCCCAAUUUCAUCCAUUCCAUAGAUGCAACUCAUUUACUUUUUACAUGUAAUUCUUGUCAAGAGAGUAACAUCCCCUUUGUUGCCGUUCAUGAUUCUUUUUGGACAUCCCCGGAUAGUGUCGAUGGUUUGAAUACAAUUUUGAGACAACAGUUUGUUAAUCUUUAUGCAUCUGACAUUGUAAAUAAGUUAAGAGAUGAAACACAGAACCUCAUAAGAGAUUCAUAUCACCUUGUAUGGUUUAGUAAGUCCAAGCAUAAAAACUUACAUAACGAAGUAAUGAAAAUAAGAGAUGGAGGUAAAAUCAAUAUCGUUUUAAAUAAUGAGAUCAAGGACACAACCAAGAUUGGUUUAUAUGAAGAUUUGAUAGAAAGGUUCCAGCCUGAGCUUAUCACUCAAAUCAGCAGGGCUAGAUAUGCCAACUAUUCCACAGGGGAACAUGUUGACAUCAAAUCCUUCAAGAAUUAUGUCCCAAUAUUAGUUAAAGCGAAAUUGCUCCCAACUCCUCCAACUGGUGAUUAUAAUAUAGAAGAUGUUAAACAAAGUGAGUACUUCUUUUCUUAA